AUGUCGCCAUGGCGCUUCGCCGUCCUCGCCGCGUGCAUUGCCUUUGUCGAAGGGAAGCCCCAUCAAAUGCCCAAGAUGCCGGGCGGCAUUCCUGGAAUGGGCGGCGGCUUCGCGAAGCAAGGCCCACCCUGGAGAAAGACGACCGAAAAGGUCUUCAACGAGGCCUGCUCCAUGAACCGUGGUCAGCCCUCGGUCUUCUGCUAUCCCGACGUGAAGGAAUUGCUGGAAGGCCUUAGAAAAGCCUCGGAGAACGGAGCCGACUUCACAGGGGAAAUGUUUCUCUUGGAUCUCCAUGUCGUUGUGGAGCAGCUGCUCAGCUGGCCGCCGGCUUGGAAAGAGGUGAGCCAGGUCCUGUCGUCUCGCUACGAGUGGACAAGGCCUUACUGUGACAAGAUCUUAGGCGAAUCGCCCAUCUGGUAUGCCGCUCCCUUGGUGCGCAAGAGCUUCAUCACGCCACGCUCCACCUUGGCGCAGAUCGAGAAGGAUACGCCGCACGCCUUCGCAGCCAUGAGUCGAUGGUUUGAUGAGCUGGGCAAGAACGGUGAUGGACAGACCAAGGAAUUGUUGCGCGCGUUGAAAGAGAAUGACAAGGCGGACAUCAAAACCAAGGAGGUACAUGCACGACCCCUGAUGCGCUUGAUGAUGUACGAGCACUCCAAAGCCCUGAAGUUCAUCCUGGGGAAAGCGUGCAAAAAUAGCAAGAAAGCCUGGGAGAAAUUCAGCCGACAGGACCUCAAUGGUCUCAGCAUCCUGCACCACGCUGCCAGUCAGGGAAAUGCCUGGGCUGUUGAGGCCAUCCUGAAGUCUGCGAGCAAGGCGAAGAGGAAGGAACUGGCGAUGAUGCAGGAUAACUAUGGUUACCGCGCACUGGACUGGGCCGCGUUGAGUGACUUCAACGAGACGGUCGCUGCGCUGAAACGCGGAGGCAAAAGCGUGGAGGAGGCGGCCGAUGUCGAACAGGCUCCGGAGGCCCUAAAGCUUUUUCCCGCUGCUGACGCUGACGGAGGCCUGGGUGCCUGCAGCGUGGAGGGUGCCUGUGAUGGUGGCUGGAGGGGGAUGGAAGGCUUGGUGCCCAGCGAAUGGUUGCCAGAUGAACCUUGUGCUGUCGAUGUCAUUGAGAGCUCUCAGUUCGAUGUGGAUAUCUUCCAUAGGCACUACAUGUUUCAUCCUCGUCCGCUUCUGAUCAAAGGAGCAGGGCGACCCAGCAACGAAAGCGCCGGCCACUGGACGCGCGAUGGACUGCUACUGCAAGCGGGGGAGCGAAAGGUCGAGGCGGAGCUUUUUCCGCGAGCGCAGGUCUUUGAUGGUUCCCAUCCGCAGAAGAUGACUUUGAGGGAGUAUGUCAGCCUCCUGGAGAGUCGCACCGAGACCACAGCGCGGAAGAAGCUGCACUAUGCGUAUCUUCCGCUGGACGUGAGCGAGGUCUAUCUCAACUUCUCAGCGACACUCCCCGAGAUCGUAGAUGGCAAGGUGGAACACAUGGGCAGCGUCUUCUUGUUGGGCGGUGCCUUGAUGGGAGCCCCGCCUCAUCACCACGGCCCUGCGUUGAACAGCUUGGCCUAUGGAGCCUUGGAUGCCUUGGGGCCGCGUGGGGAAGUGACAAAUGUGUUGGUGGCUGCCAAACCCCUGUGA